CGCACUCACCCACCUCACUCGGCAAUCUUCACAACAUGAACUGGUUGUCCAUACAAGCUAAUCAACUUACGGGUUCUAUACCACUGUCAGUUUUCAACAUUUCUAGAAUUGAAAAUAUAGCAUUUACCAUGAAUAGCUUAUCAGGAAAUCUUUCCAAUGGUUUAUGUAAUGGUCUCCCAUUCCUGAAAGGGCUUUAUCUAUCUGGAAACAAGCUUCAUGGUCAUAUGCCUACAAGCUUGUCAAAUUGUUCACCACUUCAAGUAUUGUCUUUAUCAAAAAAUGAGUUUGAUGGACCAAUACAUAGUGAAAUUGGAAGAUUGAGUAACUUGCAGUUAUUGUGUCUUGGACAUAACCAUUUCACAGGUGAAAUACCCAAAGACAUAAGCAAUCUCAUUGAGUUGGAGCAACUUAAUCUUCAGAAUAAUAGUUUUAGUGGUUCACUUGAUAUGGAGAUCUUCAACAUAUCCGGGCUGAGAGAGAUUUCUCUUUCAUGGAACAAUCUAUCAGGAUCCUCCCACCAAACAUGUGUUCUAGCUUACCCAACAUUGAAGAGCUUUAUCUGACCUUUACCAAUCUUGUUGGGACUAUUCCUCAUUCCAUCUCCAAUUGUUCAAAUCUUACUCAUCUAGAGCUUUCAGGCAACAAACUCACUGGCUUGAUUCCCAACUCACUUGGAUAUUUGACUCAUCUACAAAUUCUAAACUUGGAGGAAAACAAUUUAACAAGCGACUCAUUGUUAAGAUUCCUGGCGUCCUUAACCAAUUGCAGAAAUUUGACAUUUCUUGAUAUAUCUUUCAACCCUCUAGUUGGAGUGCUUCCAGCCUCCAUGGGGAACCUUUCCACAUCUCUUAUAAUCUUUCAAGCCAGCAGUAGCAAAAUAAAAGGGAGAAUUCCAAAUGAAGUUGGGUACUUAAGCAGCUUAAUAGACCUUGAUCUUUCUGCAAACAACUUAGCAGGAUCGAUUCCUACCUCAAUCGGCAACUUGAUAAACCUGCAGGGAUUGUUCUUGAGUAAGAACAAACUUACAGGAUCUAUCAGUGAUAAUCCAUGUAAAUUGCAGCGCUUGGAUGUCAUCGACUUGACUCAAAAUCAACUUUCAGGUUCUCUUCCUAAUUGUUUAGGAAAAGUUACUUCCCUUAGAGAGAUACAUAUGGGUUCAAAUAUAUUGAGUUCCAAUACACUACCAAACUUAGGGAACCUUAAAGAUUUAGUGGUUCUUGACUUAUCGUCAAACAACUUCGUUGGUUCUUUACCUUCAGAAAUUGGAAAUCUAAAGGUUGUGACACUGAUAGAUCUGUCAAUGAAAC